AGCAAGGCAGAAGAGUAGUAGUAGUAACUAGAAACACACCAAGAUGUGGAAGAGAGCCUUCGUCGGCGCCGCCACGGCCGCCGCCGCCGCCCUCCGCCGUCCAUUCCCCUCGUUAAUCCGCGGCGCCACCAGCAGCUCAUCGUCCAACUCAAUCUCUUCUGCCGUUAACUCGAUGCUCCUCCGCUCCCUCAAAGACCACUAUCUCGAAGUCGCCAAAAUGAACAUGCCCCCUAAAGUUGGACCUCCAUCGCCGUUCACGAUCGUAAAAGGCGCACUCGAUUCUAACGGCCCCGUGCUGAAGCGGAACUACGGCGACGAAGAGAUCACAAUCUACGUCAUGCGCUUGGCCGCCAACGACGACGAAGACGGCGACGGCGGCGGCGGCGGCGGAGUCAUUGAUCAACUGUUCAUUCACGUGGAUGUGUCGAAACCAAAUCAGAACGAAUGCUUGAUGUUUCUGUGCGGAUUAUACGAAGAUGCUCUGGGGAUUCACUCAGUUUCAAUGAGACCUAAGCUUCAAGAAUCUGGUGGCGGUUACCUCCUCGUUCCUUCGCAAUACGCUGGUCCAUCUUUUGCGUAAGUUCACAAUUUUUCUUUUUUAAAUGUUAUACCUUAAAAGUUUGUGUUUUUGGUUCAGUUCCUUUGCUAGGGCAUGAAAUGAUGCAGCUAAUUGUUUAAUGAUGUUAGUUUAAGCUCAUUAGGAAGGUA